AACAUGACAUUACCUAGGGGGCCUUACCUUCAAUAUAAAUUUCAUGCGAAUUACGACAAUAAUACAAUUAAUAGGAUUAGUAGCGAUAAGCAAAUACAAACAAUUAACGGCAGUAGUGAUCACGACAACCGAAUCACGCUGUUGAAGCGCGAAUUUAAUGGCUUGCCACGCGCAAAACUUCUUCCUUCGUCGCAGCAACAGAAAAAUUGGCACGACGACGACGACAAAAAAUUCGAAAAACCCAAAGUCGAACGAUAUCACAGCAAUCCAUUUAUUCACACGCAGCAACAAAAUUUCCAUUAUCCGCAACAACAACAACAACAACCGACAAUGUUGAAUCACGUAACGCUGGCCGAUGUAAUGCACAUUAAGCCCGCUGGUCUUAAUCAACUUGAGGGAUGGGCAUUAUUGUGUCAAUCGGUACAAGCGUUGCAGGACAUGUUUUUAGCGGAUACGCCGCCGCCCAACAAAAUACGACCCUUAGUUAAUCCGAAUACGUUUCAAAUCACGUCAAGAGGUCGUGUCUCGUUCACCGUGUUGCCAGCUAACAUGCCGCUGAUGCUCGCUGUAACCUGCAGCGAUUUCAUGCCAGGCGCCCGCUUCUCGGCUCGAGACGACGCGGAAAAUGUUGCUGCCAUUUCCUCGUUGAUGAUGAACUAUUUGUCGCCGGAGUACAUCAGUUGUGCCAGCAAGAAGGCGACGUUUAGCGAAUCGGAUAUUGAAAAGAUGUGGAUCUUCUCACUUGGCGUUACACUCCGGCAAACAAUUUCCUCGCCAAAAAUCACUUCUUCUUCUUCGUCAGACAUCGUUACUGGCAACGCAGAUGUCUAUCACUUCAGUAAAUCCGUCAAUGACGUCAAUAAUCAUCAUCAUCAGCAGCAGCGAUAUGCUGCGAGCCAAACGGAGCAAACAGCAUUGGACAAAAUCAUAUUGGCAAUGUGCGAACCCAAAUCCAUCCAUCGUGCCAGUUUGAUGUUUCUACUCGAUAUAAUUUCCGAGUACUGCAAAAACCAUCAAGUAAAGCCAUUUUCUCACAUUGUCAUCGACAUGUUCAACGACGUUGUUCGUAAUCGUCAUUGCGGCACUUUACAAAGCACAAAAUCAAAGCGAAGCGUCAACAGCCCAUCCGAGGGACAUCGCAGCGAUACAGAUUCCGGGCGAAGUUCUGACGUUGAAAACAUUCGAAAACCCGUAAUUCCGCCUCCGAAACCGCUGAGAACGCUAACCGAAGGACACGAAAUGCACGCUUUGAAAGUGACUCGAGCACGAAAUCCGGGCUACGAAUCCGAUACGAGAAAUUCUGAGAAAAAUACCGUCACGAGAAAACAUCCCGUGGUUCGUCGGAUGAACAAGAGAAACGAUGCGCGACGAAAUACGAUCGAAGUGAACACAAAUGAUCUUUUACAAGCGGAAAAAUAUUUGAAAUGCACCGUCGCGGGUGUGAAUCAUCUCUCGAAAAGCACAAAUCAUAUCGACAAAGUUGGGCAAAGGUUGGACGAGAGCUUGAAGGGACAUCCAAUUGACGUGUUUGCCUUCGAAAAUAACAAAAAUGGCGUUUCGUUGCCGGAUUUGACGAUACAAAAUAUUUAUGCGAAGCAGUCAAAUUUGAGAGUAAGACGUCAUCGGAGUGUUAGAGAUGAUGUGAAACUUGUGAUGCCGACAAAGGAUGAUGGCUCGUACGUGACAAAGACUCCGGAAUUUAUUUCGAAUGCGAGUUUGCCUCCAAAACAUUUGGAUAUUGCAGAUUCGAAGUGUCAGCAAAAACGAACAUUGAACGUCCUCAUGAUAAACGGCACAAAAAUCCAAAUUUCCUGCAAUCCAAUCACAACAACGGCGCAACAAGUGUUCGAAGCAGUCAUCAAAUUCGAGCAGCUACAAGAGAAUUUCUUCUUGGGACUUUGUGCUCUUGUCGGCGGCGAUUUUGUCUUUCUCCCAAUGGAUCUCAAAAUUUACAAAGUUGCUCCCCAGAUUUGGAUAAAUUUGCAUAAAAAAUCCGUCUUGAGUGAAAAUAUCACAUUCCCGUUGUUUUUGCGAGUAAAAUUUUAUUUCCCGACUCUAAGAGGCAUCAAUUCUAUCGAUUCGCGUCACUUGCUGUACCUGCAAUUGCGGAAAAAUGUGCUCGAGCAACAAAUUUUGUGCACCGAAGAUGAUCUCAUUACGUUAGGAGGACUCGCUCUUCAAGCUGAAAUUGGAGAUUUUAAGGAUUUUAUGAGAAAAAUUGAAUAUUUUACAAUUUCGAACUACAUUCCGGAAAAUACGCACAGCAAACCGCAAGAAUUAGCCAAAUAUCUGAGAAGUGCGCAUUAUUGCAAGAAAGGAAUUGUGCCAGAUGAGGCAGAGCACAGCUAUAUAAGGUACAUGCAAGAGCUCAAGGAGUAUGGAAUGCAUCUUUACAGUGCUGUUUGGAUCACCGACGAAGGUCUCAACAUCGACGUGUACGUCGCCAUUUCCCUCAAGGGCAUCACCCUUUUCGAGCGCAACGUCAAAAACGUUCUCACCCGCAAACACAACGAAUUCCAAAACUCCAAGAACGAAUUCCAACGUCACGUUUACACGCAAUUCGAAUGGCUCGAAAUCGAAAACAUCUGCUACACGAAGCACAUUUUAUGCGUCAUCGUCCACAAAACGGAACUCUUCCAGGCGAAGACAAAAGUGCAACGAAUCAAGUACAAACUCCGCAUGGAUGGCAGAAAAUCCUAUUUUGCCUUCAGUUUGGCCUCGGAACACCACAAAUUCUACUUGAAACUCCGCAAUUCGUUCGUUUCGCUUCGUGCCAUCGCCGACGAACUCAAUUUUUCGCUCACGGAAGUUGAUCCGAAGAAAAAUUCCGCCAAACGACUCGUCACGGAACGCGAAGAACAAUCGUCGUCGUAUUGCAUCGCAACCGCCAACAUCGAAAAACCCGUAAAAUCCGCCGGAUUACGAGUUCGCAACCUCAAAAAGUCGAUGUUGAACGACAAUCGUUUGGUAAAACUCAAGCAAAAAUUCCUGCGACGAACGAAAUCUUCGGCAGCAACAAGUCCCGUGAAGCCGUCGUGCUCGAAUGCGAAUUCAAAUUCAUUUUUGGACGAAGACACGGAGAAGCAAAAUAAGGAAAAUGAGCAUCCGAGAAGUGUUAGUAACGCAUCGGACCUUGAUACGUCGACGAAAACACGGAAUAAGGUCAAAAUGGGAACGCGAGCGUUUUCGGCGCAAUUUUUGAACAAAUCUUUCGAUAAUAUUCACAAUACGUCGUUCGAUAGCGGGAGAUUCAAUCCGAUUGGGUCGUGCGUCGAUGUGAAUCAUUACGAGCAAAUGCAUGGCGGAGAGACGGUAGAGCAAUUUUAUCUCAAUGAAGUUGAUGAGGAACAGGAAGUUUACUCGUUCAAGAGCGGCAAUGACUCGAAAGAUAAUAAUUACGAUGAUUUAUUUCGUCAAAAUGAGGAGCAGGCUUGUGUUAUUCAAACGAGCAUCAAAAGCACUCACAACAACUUUAUCCUGCCCGUGCCCGAAGAAACUGUCUCCGACUCCCUGUUAGAAAAAUUCGAGAACCUUUCGUGCAACCCGUCGCUGUACGAUCGCAUGAUAAAACGCGUGACUGUCAUAAAAAAGCCAAAUAUUAGGAAAAAUGUUAAUAAUUUUAGUAAUUCCGCUGCCAAAGACACGAAGGAAGAAGGAUUUGUGGCAAAUUAUUUAGGAGAAAAUCAAAGCAGCCAUAAUCAAAAUACGUUAAAUAAUAAGUUAAGUCAUAGAAAUGCUGAAAUGGACCAGUAUACGUUAGGAAUUAGCAUAGUUCAAGGCUCCGAUCGGAAUGUUUACGUAAAGGACAUUGUCGAAAACGGACCGAGUGAUGUCGCGGGAGUCAAAAUUGGGGAUCAAAUUCUCGCUGUCGAUGGACUUUCGUUGCUCGGUUUGCCGUACGAGAAAUGCAUCGAAAUCCUUCAAAAUACGUCGUUGCAAUGCGAACUCGUCAUUUCUCAACUCGUAGCUGCCGAAAAACGAAAUUCUUACAUUUUGUCGCCCAUCGUGAACAAUUCCUCCGUUGGCGUGGCGUCUCCUUAUCGCUAUUUCAACGCGAGUAAUAAUAAUUUAUUGUCUCUGAGUAAUCAAAGACGCUUCAAUUCCAUCGGAAACAUCGCUGAGCGAUCAAGCAACGUUCUUUUCCAGAUAACUUCAACCCCGAACACGAGCGAAAAUCGCGCCAAUAACAUCCGCGAGUUGGAAAAUAACAUUACGGCAUGCGAUUCGCCCAUUCAGCUUCACGUGGCGGAUGAAAUUGCGAACGUCAAUGAGGAAAAGUACAUCGGAGGCGAAAUCGAUCUCGAUGCCGUCAUGCAACUACAAAAGAUGGGAUCGCUGAAACACUUUGACAGGUAUCAAGUUGGAUCGCCAUCGAAAAGUAUGCCGGAUAUUCCGAAGAUUUUAGAUUUAAUUCCAAAACCUCGUCCUGCGAUGCCUCGUGUGAUGGGACUCUCCCGCAAAUACGUUGGACCCGUGAAAUAUCCCGUGACGCCAGCAAAAGAUUCAAAUUCGUCGUUAAAUACGCCGCAGAAGCAUCCGUUGUCGCUGCUGACGAAAACGAAGGCGGAACAAGUGUUCAUUUAAAUUUUAUCCCGCUGAAAAUAAAAUAAAAAUGAGCUUUCUUUAAAUUUAAACAGAAAAAAAAUAAUGUUAGACCUUAAAUACUCUACAAAUUUCGA